CACUCCCUAGCCCUCCUGGCCUGGAGCUGCUCACGGUUCCUACAGGUGAAUUUUGGGUUUGGCUAUCUUGUAGGCAGCGGGCAUGGAUCUGUGAGCUUGGGGUUCGUAAGGAGCUCCCAGCCAAGGAGGCAUCAUUUUGAUGGAGUCCCUUUUCCCCGCUGGCUUGGUGCAGGACUUCCUGAACGCACCGACGCGGCUCUGAAAAGGUGCAUCUUCACCCUGUGACGUUUCAUUUGUUCUAGCGGGGAAUGAAAGAUCUCCAAGCGAUCAACAUGAUGAGGAGGCACUUGAGCCCUGACUGCUUGUUCCUCAGCUUUCUGGUUGGCAGCCUGUCCAGAAACCUCUCCGACUUUACAGCCCUGGCUGAUAAUCACACAACAAAAGGUCUCACUCCAGCCACGCUGGAGACCACGGGAGCUGUAUACGAAUACGUGGCUGUGCCUCUGGACUGGUGGCAUGCGGACAGAUACUGCGAACAGCGCUUCGCUCGCCUGCUCUUGGAGACGCAGGACAGUGAGCUGGCUCCUGUCAGCGGGCUGCUGCAGUCCCACGGGGUGCAAAGCCCUGUCUGGGUCAAUGAGGACUCCUUGCUGCACAAGCCGAGGCAGAGACGAAUCCACGCGGCACCGAUCCUGGUCUUCAGAAACAAGACAGACACCAAGUACGUGAAGGUGCUGGCUGACUUCCCGGCGAUGCCGGCGGUGACAGCCUGCGCCCACGUCCAGUGGGACGGCCGGACCCCAGAGAUCGCCACCGUCUUCUCAUACGCCGUCCCGGCUUUCAUCAAUGAGUUCCAGCUGCGUGGUUUCCGGGACGAGGAGGGCUUUGUGCGGUUCGCCCUCAUCGUCCAUGGGCACCACUCCCCGUACCUGCCUGUCUUCCGGAGCGACGGGGAAUGGCAUCACUUCUGCGUCUCCUGGCAGCAGCGCAACGGGACAUGGGCCAUGUAUGCCGAUGGGAAGAGGAAGGCCUCUGCCACCGGGCUGUCCGCCACCCAGGCCGUCCGCGGCCAUGGGACCUUCAUCAUCGGACAGGACCAGGACUCGCUCGGGGGCACCUUCAAGGAGAAGGAGUCCUUCAGCGGGAACCUCACGGACCUGUACGUGUGGCGGCAGGUGCUCAGCGAAGGGCAGGUGGAGAGGGUCCGGUCCUGCUACCCGGUGGAGCAGGAGCUGGUGUUUGGCUGGAGCAGCUACACGCUGGAGAUUGAGCCCACGGUGCAGGAGGCCACGGUGCAGCUCCUCUGCCCAGGGCCCGUGGAGCAGUGCAGAGUGCUUGAUGCCGGCCGCGGCGGGUUCAGCUACGCAGCGUGUUUGCAAGCCUUGCCUUUCGUCUGUCACUACAGGAAAGCGGCAUAUUUACAGCUGAAGAAGGCCCAGUCGGAGUCCAGCCCGUCGCUCAUCAGUCAGGCUAAUGCCCUGGCGAACGCCACGGUGAUUCCUGAGCACGUCCUCCUGGGCGACGUCCAAGACGUGACCGUCUCGGCAGCAGUCAGCGCCCUGGAUGCACUGAGGACGGUGCUGAGGGCAGAGGAGACCCCCGUGGAGCCAGCCGACCUCCUCGGCAUCGUUCGGUUCCUGAAAGACGUGUCAGACAUCCAAGUCCAGGAGCAAGAGCAGCUGGAGAUGCUGGAGCAGCUGAGCCGGGAUUACGUGGCGGUGGCAGGGCUGAUCCUGGAAGAACAAAACACCGAGAGGUGGUCAGAAAUCAGUCAGGUUAUCGGGGGGCCAAUGACUGUCGUAGACAACGUGGACAGAAUGGCUUCAAAUCUCCACCAGCUGCUGCACGUGGACAGGACCAAGGUCACCAUCCGGCACAGAAACCUCGGAGUCGAAGUCAGGACCGUGGAGCUGAGCGGGCCGGAGCCCAGCAGUGACGUGUACCUGGUCCCAGGCCAGGGCAGCGGCGGGCCAGACUUCAUCGAGGUGCCCGCUGAAGAAGUCGCAAGGCUGAAAGCCAGAGGCCUCAGCAGCGUCACCGUGACCAAUACAUGGUACGGCUACUGCGUCCUCCAGCGCUUCUUCGCCGGCGGCAGCAGCCAGGACGCUCUCCAGGAUGCGGCCACCUCCGACGGGGGCCAGAGGUACGUGAGCACCCGCGUGGGCACUGCUGUCAUUUCCUCCGCUCUGCUCAGCGACUACCAGGAGAUCCGCACGGCCGUGCGCUACCGCCUCCAGCACCGCGCCCAGGACCUGCCUGACAAGCUUGUGGAGCCUGUCUGCGCUUUCUGGAACUUCAGCCUCAGCCCAGACACCGGCGGAGCGUGGUCCAGCGUAGGCUGCUCCAUCGUAACGUCUUACCCAGAGUCAACAGCCUGUUUUUGCAACCACACGACCAACUUUGCGGUGCUACUGCAGGUGUACGAGGUGCAGAGGAGCACAGAGGAGGAGUCGACGCUGAAGACCCUGACGUUUAUUGGCUGCGGAGUGUCCUUCUGUGCCCUGAUCGUGACGUUCGUUUUAUUCCUGGCAGUCGGCGUUCCCAAGAGCGAGCGCACGACGGUGCACAAGAACCUCAUCUUCGCCUUGGCUGCGGCAGAGGCGCUGCUUAUGUUUAGUGAAUUGGCCAAGAGCAACCAGGUUAUGUGCUUUGUUGUCACGGCUCUCCUCCACCUCUUCUUCAUGGCGGCCUUUUCGUGGAUGCUGGUGGAAGGGCUUCUCCUGUGGAGCAAGGUAGUUGCCGUCAACAUGAGCGAGGACAGGAGGAUGAAGUUCUACUACGCAACUGGCUGGGGCCUCCCCGUUCUUAUCGUGGGCGUGACUCUAGCGACUUCCUUUAGCAAGUACGUGGCGGACGACCACUGCUGGCUGAACGUCCAAACCGACAUCAUCUGGGCCUUCGUCGGGCCAGUGCUCUUCGUCCUCAUAGUAAACACCGUCGUGCUUUUCCGCGUGGUGAUGGUGACUGUGUCGACCGCUCGCAGGAGGUCCAAGAUGCUGACGCCCAACAGCACCCUGGAGAAGCAGAUCGGCAUCCAAAUAUGGGCCACGGCCAAGCCCGUCCUGGUGCUCCUCCCCGUGCUGGGGCUGACGUGGGUGUGCGGGGUCCUCGUCCACCUCAGCAUCAUCUGGGCUUACGUCUUCAUCGGGCUGAACUCCCUGCAGGGCCUGUAUAUAUUCCUGGUCUAUGCCCUCUAUAACAGCGAGGUGAGGAACGCCAUACAGAGGAUGAAGGACAAGAAGAAAGCGCUCUCGUUCACAAAUUGCUCCCAUCCCAUCAACUAUCUGUCGAGUCCCAGAAACACGGCGUCCUGGGAGACGGGCAGGCUGAACCCCUCUGCACCCGAGAGCGUCGCAUCAACCCCUGUGCAGAAAGACCCGCCGCUGAAGAACAUCACCCACAAAGGAAACUUCGGUGCCAAAAUCCCUAUGGGGAUCUCAUCCAUCAUGUCACCAGACAAACCGGUACGUAAUGCCUCGAGUGCUUCUCCUCUUUGCACGGGCGCACGUGGGGCGAGCAAAAGGCUCGCACUCGGGACUCCGCGGUGCCACAGGAUUGUUUUUUACCUCGAGGGAGUCAUUGAAUCUGUCUGUGCUUCAGUUAUUCCACGUGCAAAACGGGGGCAGUUACCUUCUUCUCAGGGCUUUCCUGAAGGAGAGUCACUGCCCUUCAAGGCCUCCGUGAAAAUAUUCUUUGGGUUAAAAUGUGGGAGAAUGUGGUACAGCCUAAAAGACCCAGGCAUGCAGAAGAGUUUGAGUGUGUCGGUGCGUGCUGAUCAGCAGCACCCGGCCAAUUUAGUGUGCCGUAGCUCUUUACAUUGCCAUUACACUAACGAGCGGCCGCCCCGGCAGUGGGGGGUGGUGCUUGCAGCCCCAUGCCAGGUGCAGCCACGUGCCUGUGUCUUGUUCAACCCGUGUGAUGCACGUGGCAGGAGACCCGCUGCUGGAAAACAAAAGCAGAUGUGAAUUUACCCCGGUAAACUCAGCCCUGCGAGGAAGAAGGGUGGUCCUCACGUACCUGCAGGCUGUGAACACCUAGGCCACACCUGGGGUCCUGCGUGCAGGUCUGGGCCCUGCUGCAAGAAGGACGUGGACAGGUUGGAAAGAGUCCAGCGCAGAGCAACAAGAAUGAUCGGGGGCCUGAGAGACAAGACUUCGGAGGGAAGGGUUAUUUCCUCUGGAGAAGAGAAGGCUGAGGGGGAUUUGAUAACAGAGGCUGCUAAUCGCAGGGGACAAGGCAAAGGCCUCAGGCUGCAACAAGGGAAACUGAGGUUGGAGAUGAGGAGGAGCGGUGGGACUUAGGGCGGUCGGGCACAGGAGCAAGCACCUAGAGAAGCUGUGGGAUCUUCAUCCGUGGCAACUGUCAGGGGCAGGUUGGACAGACCCUUGGCCGGGACGAUUUAGGCAGGGGUGAUCUUGCCUUGACCAGGGGGCUGGCUGGGAUGACCUUGUGAAACCCUUCCAGCCUGACUUUCGGAUGAUCCCAUGAGGUCAGGACAUGCAGUGACAGACCUUACCGUAGGGGAAAGGCAGCCUUGCUCUUAGUCUGCUAGGCUACGACGCAGCCGUGAUGGGGACUAGCAGAGCAAGGCUGGCCUGCGUGCACUAGAAACUGUGCUGUGCUUCGGUUUUACCCACCGCUCGGCCGUGGCCAGCCUGCCUUAGUCCUCGGCUAAGUCCGGUGAGCUCUGUCAGGUACGGGCCGGCCACGCUCUGGCUCCGGGCCUGGCUCAUUCCCCAAGUGGCGGCUCCUCUUGUGCAAACCUCAGCAGCUCGCACCUUGAAAGGGAGACUCAUUUGUGUGCGACUAGUUUCACCUUACUCUCACGCCCUCCCUACAUCGAUGUGAAGCACUACAGAGGAGCAUUUAGAUAUUGCAUAUUGUUUUGGAGCAAAGCUCUCAUGGUCUAUUUUUUGUUUAAUGUUCCUGCUCUCCCUGGUGAUAAGUACCCACCAGGAUUUCCAAUAGGUGCUUUUCUGAAUGGGCCAGGUGUUGGCUGUGUAAAUUAGGCCCAUUGCUAAGCUACUUGGCACAAAAUAUGAGACAUGGGCUAAAGAGAUUAACCAGGAGGCUUGAGUUGUCUAAUGCAUGGCGCAUUAGUACAGGAGACUGUAGAUCUCUUAAAUGCCAAGGCCACAGCAUUUCCUAGCUGGUGGACUAAAGGCAAAGACAGAAUUAGCUGGAUGCUGUGCUACGGUGACCCAGCACUUCUUUUCUUGGUUACUUAAGCACCUGCAUUAAUGUGUUUUCAUUCCCUUUUCUAAGUAAUAUAAAUUCAAAAUAGGAGCGUUGCCUGCCCGUGCGAAUGCGUCUCUGUGGGGGAGGAAGGACAGCGGAGGCUUUCUCCUGCAGAUAUUCAUUUGCCUUCAGAAGGGACUUUUUGCACAAGCCCGGUCAUGUUCUCUCGUCACGAGCGGUUCAGUGCUGCGAGAUCCGGUGCUCGCCAGGAGCGAAUGACUGAAUUUAGAAAGGUCAAAUGUUGGAAACAGCUUGUUCUGCAUGUUAGGUUCACGCUCGCCGGCGCUGCAGCUCGGGCUGGGUGCGCUAGCAUGGCUCGCCAUUGAGUAGACGGUGCCGGGCUGACUGGUUACAUAAGCCAGCGGCAUUGUCUCCGCUCUCUGGCUGCGUGACUCGCAAGCCGCGCAUGAGACGUUUGCAAACGGUACCACGAAUGAGAUGCAAACGUACCGCCGCGCUGGUUAAGAGAAGACACCGGUUAGAAAAGGCUGAAAACACUCAAAGUGGCCAAGCGCCGCACCGUGCCGGGACAGGGGCACAGCACCAGUGCCCGUUGCACAUCAUCUUGCUUUCAAGCUCUGUUCAGCAGUUUAUUGUGGUCAAGAAAGCGCUGUCAGCCCUGCCGGCCGCCUCCGCCCUGGCUCCGAGCCCCUCUUCCCCGGGGUUUCCAAGCCCUGAACUUCCCCGGUGCUGUUGAACAGUGGUUGUCACCACUCUCCGGCACGAGGCACGACGGCGAGUGGGGGGAGCCCAAUUUUUCCGAACGGUCCCUCGUGCUAAGCUGUCAGAGCAAUGCAAUCUAGAGCCGAUGGGGUUGCCCUCCGAGGAACGUGCGCACAGGCAGCCAAGCCCUUCGGAGACCCUCGGCGGCUGUGCCGAGCUGCUUUUGGUGUCUCCUCUGGGCUGGUUGGUCCCUCCGGCCACUGCUCAAGGCUUUUUGGUCUCUGUUGGUGAGAUCAAGCCUUUGUGGAAGGGCGGGUGGGGGAUGUCCCGUAGUGCCGGGUGCUAGGCAGCCCCGGGAGGGUGCUGGGGAUGGUCUAGCACCGUCUGCUGCCGGGUCCCGAGGGGAGAGACCACAGCAAGCUGCAGGGCCGGGGGGACGGGGCUGUGCCUUCACGGUAGUUAACCCAUGUUCUCCCC